AUGUCAUUUCACAACUCGAGAAGUGUUUCUAAAAAAUUUAAGUCCCCGUUCAAGGACCAAGCUCAAUCCGCACCUAUAGCAAGCAACGAUCUGAGUGAAUUUGAAGCUCUGCGUAAGAAAGAAGCCUCUCUGGAUGAUGACAUUUCGAAUCUGAUAGGCAUUGAAACUGAUGUCAAAACUGUUAUGAGUCUUCUUCAUAAAUACAAUGAAAUCAAAGAUGCCACUCAAAUUGUACUGGGGAGACUAGCUUCAUUAGAAGGUCAAACCUUGAAACAAGUUCAUGAGCGGUUUGGGCUCGAAGACAAAUGA